AUGUCCACUAGCAAGCUCAAGCUGACGUACUUCCCCUUCCCCGGCCGCGCCGGCGCCAUCCGUGAUGUCCUCAACGACAACGGUGUCGAGUUUGAGGACUUCCACGUCGCCUUUGCCGAUUUUCCGGCCCUCAAGCCGUCGCUGCCGUACGGCGCCAUGCCCGUCCUCGAGAUCGACGGCACCGACUACGCUCAGUCGAACGCCAUCCUCCGCUACGCCGGCAAGCUGACCGGGGCCUACCCGGAGGACCCGGUCGCCGCCCUCAUGGUCGACGAGCUCCUCGAUGCUGCCGAGGACGUCAUCGGCCUGCUCACGCCGUCGAUGAAGGAAAAGGACGAGGAGAAGAAGCUCGCCAUGCGCGCUGCCCUCAUGGCCGGCCCGCUUCCAGACCUGCUUGCCCUUGUUGAGAAGCGCGUGGCCCGCAACACCGAGUCCGACUUUGCUGUCGGUGCUGCCAAGACUGUGGCCGACUACAAGCUCAAGUACCUGGUUGGCUUUGCCACCUCGGGCAACAUCGAUGGCGUGCCCAAGGACGUCAUCAACGCCGAGUCGCACCCGGCUCUCACCGCCCUCCUGAACGAGUCGGCAACCACGGCGGCGGUGGCGGUGGCGCCGGGCGUGCCACGGGCGCCGGCCACCCCGUCCACGCCACGCCGGCACGCCUCCGACGAAGACUCGUACACUUACUCGGGCUCGGGCUCGGGCUCGGGCUCGGGCUACGGCUCGGGCUCGGGCUACGGCUCAGACUCGGACUCGGGCCACGGUUCAGACUCGGGCUCGCGGCCAUCACGCUCGCCGCUCGCGGCCCACGCCGCUUCGAACGUCUCGCUCGACGAGGAUCGCGCGCUCCAGCUGCUGGUGGAGGAGAUGGCCACGCUCGGCUCGGACGAGCCAUCGUCGCCGGCUACCUUUUUUCCGCUUCACGACGACGACGCAGCAGGCUCAGACUCGGGCUCUGCCGCCGCCCUUCCAAACAAGAAGCGGUCUGCCGCCGCCCUCGCGGCCUCGCUCGUCCUCGACGAUGCUUCCGUCGUCGCUCCGCACGCUGCUGCAGGCGCCGCUCCCAAGACCCAGGCCGACCUCGACUUUGAGCGGCUGGUGGCCGGAGAGGGCCCGAUGGCCAACGCGUCCAGCGCAUUGGCCAAGCACGCCGCCUUGGCGUCCAACGCAGAGGCUGCCGCCGAGGAGCGGACCCGCGCCAUGACUCAGGUCUCCCGCUUUGAGGCCAUGCUCACGUCGUCGUUUGAGUCGCUUGAGGAGCUCCUUGACGACGUCCGCAGAUCAAGCUCCAAGCCGUCGUCGUCGCUCCGCAAGGAGGCGCUCUCGAUGGCCCGCCGCUCCAACCGCAGGUUCUCGGUCACCACCCCGUCGACCGUCCCGGCUCGUGUCACCGCCGAGAGCGAGCUCGAUGGUGGGCGGAGCUCCGACUCGAUCACGCCGGCCGACCACUCGCGGCUCCGGAAGGAGCUCGACCGCACCCCGCUCUGGGACGACUACACCGUGCCCGAGUACCUCACCAGUGAGUACGAUCCCGAUACUCGCCGCAACGUCCUUGUCGCUGGUUCGCUCAACGGCAUCAUCCACUGGAUCUCCGACUAUGCCUCCCGAAACGAUGCCGAGCGCUACCGCUUCUUUAUGGCGUACCAGUCGCUGAUGACCCCGGCUGCGCUUGUGCAGAAGCUCCACGAGAAGUUCCACACUCCGCACGCUGAGCUACCGCCGUACCCGCUCUUCUCUUCGCUCUUUAACGACAUGGUCUCGCUGCAAAAGGAGAACGUCCUCCGCACCCUGCUCUUCUGGCUCCGUGUCCGUUUUGACCAGGACUUUCUGGCCAAGAAAGAGCUCAAACCCGUUACCGCACUCGUCACCGAUGUCCUCGCCGACGCCGGCUCGGACGGCGCCGGCCCGGCAGGUGUCGCCUCGCCGCCGGCAGCCAACGGCAAAGGCGGUGCAGAGACACCGCCGCCGCCUGUCCGGAGCCCUGCCGAGCGGGUUGUCGAUGCUGCGCAGGACAUUCGCGCGCUCCUCCGCUCCAAGCGCUCGUCGCGGAAAAAGUCGCUCCUCCCCUCAUCGGUCGGCCUCUCGCAGACCGGCAUGUCGCUUGUCUUUACCGAGCUCGACUCGGCCGAGCUCGCCGAGCAGAUGACGCUCCGCGAGAUCGAGCUCUGGGGCGCCCUCAACGUCGAUGAGUUCCACGGCCUGCCGUGGAUGAAGCCUGAGACCGUCCACCUCUGCCCAAACAUCAUCAACAUCAUCGAGCACUUCAACUCGCAAACAUCGUGGCUCACCGCCGUCGUUGUCCGCGAGUCGCGCAAGGCCGGCCGCAACGCCGCCAUUUCCAAGAUUGUCGCCCUCGGCGAGCACUUUGUCGAGCUCCGCAACUACAACGGCGUCAUGACCUGCCUCGCCGCGCUCAACGGCGCGCCCGUCCAGCGACUCAAGCGGACGUGGAAGUCAACAAGUCGCAAGGCCAGAAAGGCGCUCGCCACCCUCAACGAGACCAUGGACAUGUCGUCCAACUUUAAGCGCUACCGCGCCGCCCUCACCGCCGCACCCAAGGACGUCGGCAUCAUUCCCUACUUUGGCAUUGUCCUCUCCGACUUGUGCAUGAUCGAGGAGGGCAACGCACGCGACGCCGCAGACGCCCCGCCCGGCAUCUACAACUACCAGCGCGUCCGCCUCAUUGGCAAGGUCCUCAACCAGGUCUAUGAGCUCAAGAAGAGUCACGCCCUCUACUCGAUCACAAAGAACUCGCCUCUCCUCACCUUCAUUAUCAACAAGGAGAACGAGGACCUCACCGACGACCACCUGUACCAGCUCUCCAUCGCCGCCGAAAACGACUCUGGCCGUCGCUCGCGCAACUUGACGGCGGCGAGCGGCGAAGACGACGACGUCGGCGCGUGACCACGCUAAAGAAAGU